AUGCCAGUCGCAAGUCGUUACGUCGAGCUCCCGGACGACUUUCAGGGAGACGGCUUCAUACAGUCGUUGGCACUAUGUCACGAAGAUGAAAAGCUAGAAGCCCCUCUGUAUGGUGUGUGGGGCCCAUGUCUUGCAAAAUAUCUACGCACUCCCGUCGGGGUAGAGGACAUCCUCGUCCAUACCUAUCCGCAGUAUCCUGCAGACCUUCUGUUCGACGUCGGAGAGAUGGACGUCCACGGAUCGGAUGAGCAGGGGCACAAUCGAUGGGUGUUUAGGGGGAGGUCUGAUCUUAAUCUCCAGAUGCUAUUACGCUCCCAUGUCGAGCGGACCCCUUCACCUCUUGGUCAGCCGUUAGUAAAUUCCACAGCACUGCGCACGCCCGACGGCGACGAUGCACCUGUGGAGAGCAGCAACCCCGGAAGUGAGAUCCUCAUCACCAAACUAGACCUUGCGAGAGCCAUAGCCCACGUCACCAGCCCAAACUCGCCUUCGAACUCCUCAGUCGCGACUCCGCCACCCAAGCGCUCGCGAGCAACAGCCGUCCCAGAUUUCACUCAGAUUUGGCGCAUCGUUGACAAGAACGAGCACGGAAAAUGGAUGUGCGACUCAGAUGGCACUGUGAUGUUCUUUGCUGAGAACAAGAAGCACAUGAAGUUCAUGUCUCGCGUAUGGCAGUGGGUGGAGAUGAGGAUCUCCAUUCAGACGUUCAGACAGGCCCGACACGUCUUCAGCACAUCCAAGAACACCAAAGUCCUUGGCGUGAUGCACAUCCUCGGGUAUUAUUGGCGGUAUUUCGAGUAUAUCCGUAGCAAGGCCUUCGAUCCCCCAAGUGCAGAUGAGGAGAAUGAUCCGACCUACGAGCCCGAGACUUCUUCGGGAAGCGCCAGCAGGGACAGCUCAGAUCCGUUUGCCGACAACGGGGACACCAGUGACGGUCUCAAAAAAGCACGCAGACACGAGCAUAUACCUGAGUUUAUCAAGACCAUUUUCAACGGACGGAACUACCUCCAUUUAAUUGACGAUUACGAAGAUACCAAGGCGGCCCUGGCCGCUAUCGGCGCAGAAAUUUACUAUGGUAUGGAAGAACGAACCUGCGGCUCCGAUAGCGACUCUGAGGACGACGAGGACGAUGACGAUGGCGACGACAAUGAGUACGAGGGAGAAGGUGGCGAUGAAUGGGAGGGCGAGGAAAGGGACCGCGAUUCGGAUGUUGUCUCGUACUUAGACGAGGUUGAAGGAGCCGAGGUGAGACAGAGGACGACUGAAGACAGCGAGGAAGCCGACGACGAAGCCGCUCGUCCAGACUACGGCUCAGACGAGUUCCAGCUCUCGGCUCAAGCAGACAGCGAUAAUCUUGUUCAAGGCCCUCCGAUCAGCGAGUAUGACGAGGACGAAAUGAUGCCGGGUUCAGAGGAUAGUGAAGCUGGCGACAAGAGUGGGGAUUAUAUCGCCAGAGACAGGGAUUGAAGCUGAAGCUGAAGCUUGAAGCACAGUUGUACAAUGUUCGGUGAAUAAUAUGUCAGACUUGGUGUAAUCGCACGUGUACUUGUUGAGCCAUUAUUAUAUCUCUACAAUUGAAGUACUGUGAAAGA